GCUGUGCAGCAGGUUGGAGCCUAUGGAGAGCCUGGGCCGAGGAAAUCGGGUUGUCGGAGCCGUUACUGGUCUACGCAGUCAGAGAAUCUUGGGCGUCCUCCCAUGGCUUUGAAGAAGCAAUUUAGUUGCGUUUGGAUCUUAGGUCUGUGUCUGGUGGCCAGUAAAUCUUCCGAAGUCCCAUCCAUCACAGACCGCAAAUUUAUAGACGAGACGGUCACGACCCACAACAAAUGGCGUAGCCAGGUCAACCCCCCUGCAGCAGACAUGAAAUAUAUGAGUUGGGAUGCAAGUUUAGCGGAGGUGGCUCUAGCAUGGGCAAAGAAGUGUAAAUUCAAGCAUGACCCCUGUUUAAAUAGACCAAAUGGAUGCGUUAAAAGAUUUAAAUUUGUUGGACAAAAUAUAUGGUUAGGUGGACUAAAGGGAUUUACAGCAAGAACUGCCAUUAAUAGUUGGCAUAAAGAAGUAGCAAAUUAUAAUUUUAAUAAUAGAUCAUGUACCAAAGUUUGUGGACAUUAUACACAGGUAGUCUGGGCCAAGUCAUAUAAAGUUGGUUGUGCAGUUGAAAAUUGUCCUACCCUUAGAGCACUGUUUGUAUGCAACUAUGGACCUGCAGGAAAUUAUUUAAAUUCUCGCCCUUAUACGACAGGAGAACCUUGCUCUCUGUGUACGAAGGAAGAGAAAUGUGUAGAGAAGCUCUGCCAAAAUCCACUUCUGAUUGGGAAAGCACCUCAGGAGAUAGCCUUUAAUUCAUUCUGCCUAGCUUUUAUUCUUAUGAAAAUCUUUUAAUUGUCCUUUAUAUAUAAAAGAAAGUUUCAAAUAUGACAAUAAAGGAACAAUUUACAGCUAAAUAUAA